AUGAAUGGAUACCAAGGUAACAGCGGUAAGGGCCAGGGCCAAUUGGCGCAACGGUUCCCAGAGGUUGACCCUUCAGAGCUGACAAGGCUGAUUAUACAGGCACUCUCGGAUUUGGGCUAUCAACGGUCCUCUGAUGAGCUGAGGGACGAGAGUGGGCUGGAACUGGACUCCCCGGCGAUCAACGGCUUCAUAGAGUGUGUUAGAAGUGGUGACUUCACCAAUGCCGAGUUGAAGAUUGCUGACUUGCACCUCAUCAAUGAUAGCGAUGAGACGAAGAGACACAUUGUGUUCCUGAUCAAGAGACAGAAGUUCCUGGAGUUGCUGUACCUGGAGAACUCUACACAGGAGGCGUUGAUACUGCUUAGACAAGAGGUUCACGAGCUGACGGAUACGGCCAACAUACGGGCACUGACGUCGCUGCUGAUGAACAAGGACUCUCCUGAGCUUCAGAGGAGUAAUGGCUGGAUGGGGGACGCUAUGCUGAGCCGUGACUCCCUGCUGAACGACAUCUCCAAGUUCAUCGACCCGAACGAUAUGAUUCCCAAGCAGAGACUUUUCCAGCUGUUGCAGCAGUCGAUCAAGUAUCAGCAGUCUAAGACGCUUUACCAGUUUGGAGAUGAAGGUGAUCGUAUCUCGUUGUACGAAGACGUCAAGUCGAAUAAGAAGAACUUCCCAGAUACAGUGCACUACACCUUGACGAUGCACGAAGACGAAGUGUGGUAUGUCACUUUUUCCCAUGAUGGCAGGUACUUUGCCAGUGCCUCUGCGGAUAACCAUGUGCUGUUGUACGAUGCCAUCAACGGGUUCUCGCUGCUACACGAUCUCAGUGGACACGAUAAGCAAGUGAUGCACUGCUCGUUCUCUCCAGACGAUUCGAUGCUGCUGACGUGUAGCUUUGAGUCGAAGGCACACCUGUGGAACGUCCAAACCGGCGAGUUGGUGAGAACGCUCUCACUGGGAGGUGACUCAAGAAUAUGGUGCUCUGAUUGGUUCCCAGAUGGUGGGUCGUUUGUCCUGGGCUCGCCAGAUAAGGAGAUUGCGAUAUUCGACGCCUCCAGUGGUGAGGUGGUGCACCGGUGGGAAGGCCCCGUAGUUAACGACUUGAAGAUCUCCAGAGACUACAAGCUGAUUGCAGUGACAUAUGACAUGAACGUUGAGGUUUGGGAUCUCAGAACCAAGCACAAGGUGAAGACACUCGAGCUGGGUCAACGGCUCACGAGUGUAUCGGUAUCUGACAAGAAUCCAGCCCAGAUUCUCAUCAACGUCUCGCCAAACGAACUGCAGCUAUGGGACUGGUCUCGUCACAUCCUCCUGGCCAAAUACGUCGGCCAUAAGCAGGAGAAGUUCGUGCUGAGAUCCUGCUUCGGUUAUGACGAGAGAGUCAUCCUCUCAGGAAGCGAAGACGGCCGCAUCUUCAUGUGGAACAAGGAGUACGGUGCUCUGCUGGGGGUGUUCGAUGCCCACACUGGCAACUCCAACUGCGUGUGCUGGAACCCACGCAUAAAGAGCAUGUUUGCAUCUUCUGGUGAUGACACCAUCGUCAAGAUCUGGGGACCAUCAAGGACCUCCGACUCGGGCUGA